AUCCGGGUGUUGGACACAAGAACCCUUGUUUUUUACAUUCCCCCUUCUUAAAGCCCUUUCUUCACCCUUUGUCGUCAUUACUCAUUACCCAUCACCACAGAAUUGCAAAUUAUGCAGAAAUUUUUCUUGUUGCGGCGUCUUGAUUUCAUCUGCUCUAGAACUUCCUCUUUCAACUACAAGACACACUCAUUAGUCUCGUUUGAUUUUCGUAAAUAUUGUUCAUCUAAAUCCGAAUCGUCAUCUGAAAACCCUAAUUCUUAUUAUUCCGAAGAUGAAAUUCAGAAUGAGAACACUGCCAAUGAAGAGGAUGUCAGUAGUGCAGAGCUCAGAACACAAAUAGACAAGUUUUACAAAGGUGAUAUUGAAGCAAUACCAACCAUUUUUGAAUCAAUAUUGAAAAGGAAGUUAGCAGGGAAGCAUGAAGAGUCGGACGAUGAAUUGAUGAAUGAAUUUCGACAGGACCAACCAAGUGAAGUUAGUGAUGAAGUGUUCGAUUCAGACACAGAUUCAGAUUCAGAUUCUGAAGAAUAGGCAAGUAUGUGUACAACUAAUAUUUUGAGGAGCAUACUUUUUAGUAUGUGACAUGAAUGGAAUGGAACUUCAUUAAAAUCACUGUUUUGGC